UUUAAGUCCUGGGGUGAAAGGGCGGAGCCGUCGUCAGGGACGCGACUGAGUGUCUGGGUUUCCAGGAAGUUACGUCAGGCAGCCGCGGAGAUGGAGGACUUGCUGGACCUAGACGAGGAGCGGCGUCGCGGCCCGGCCACCUCCGGGGCCAAGAUGGGGCGCCGAGCUCAACAGGAGUCCGCCCAAGCCGAGAAUCAUCUCAGUGGCAAGAAUUCCUCUUCGACUCUGACUGCAGAGGUUCCCCCUCCCAAGCCACCCCGCCAGCAAGGAGGCUGGACAGACGACUCCAUGAAAGUUUCCAAGUCAAGAAGGAGGGCUUCUAAAGAAAUAGAAGACCGCCGCCUCAGAGAGCAGAGCCUGGAUAGAUCAGAUGACGGAGGAGAUAUCCCUAUUAUUCCGGACCUGGAAGAGGUACAGGAGGAAGACUUCGUCUUGCAGGUGGCAGCCCCUCCCAGUAUCCAGGUGAACCGAGUGAUGACCUACCGAGACCUGGACAGUGACCUCAUGAAGUACUCGGCCUUUCAGACCUUGGAUGGAGAGAUUGACCUGAAGCUCCUCACCAAAGUCCUGGCGCCUGAACAUGAGGUUCGAGAGGACGACGUCAGCUGGGACUGGGACCAUCUGUACACGGAGGUGUCCUCCGAGCUCCUCAGCGAGUGGGACGCGCUGCAGACGGACAAGGAGGGCCCCGUGGGGCCGCCCGCACACACCUGAGCCGGGGGGUUGCGCUCCCUGCAUGCGCACACCUCCACUCUGGACUCGAGGAAAAGGCCAUAAACCUAAAGAUGCUCGCAAGCGGCUCAGGAUUUUUAUAUAUGGACUAUUUUGUAAUAAAAAUAUUUUCUGUUGUAAGAAAUUG